AUGGGGACGAGAAACAGCGCAUUGAAAGGUCCUGGAGAGGAGCUCGGUCAUCAGCUCAUUUCAUCAGGACACUCCGGGAGGAGGGUGCUCUGGAGAAGCCAAGGGCAGCUUCCAAGCCUGGAACGAACGGUCGGGAGCGUCUGGGGCCAAGGUCCCGGUAACCAACCGCGGAGAGGUGUCCCACAUAACCUGGCUACAGUCAGGCUGACACAGCCUGUCAGCAGUGACCUGAAACACUCCUCAAGUGGAAAACAGCGUGUUCUGUAUCUGCACCGCCCAAGUGUGAGAGCCACGGAAGAAGUCGAGCUGGGGAGUGCGCCCCCGACUCCCGCUUUCGCCUACCUACCCGCUCAGACCCCGGCUUCUCCGGAUCUCAGGAUCCUGGAAGCGGCUCCCAGCACCGACUCUCACACCCGCCGCUGGGCUCCGGCCAACCGGAACUCACUCGCGUCACUUCCGUUUCUCUGGAAACCCGGAAGAAGUGGUUGGCGCGCGCGAAGCCUGUUCCUUGUUCAGGAGCGGAGAACCACAAGGCGUGAACGACAAGUAGUGCUUCAGGUACUCUUCAAAUUCUUGGUUAUGGAGUAUUUGGCUCAUCCUGGUACACUCAGCUUGGCUGCUGGAGUUGCUUGUGGCAUGUGCCUGGGCUGGGGCCUCCGGGGUCACAUUGGCAUGUUACCCCAGAACUCAACAAGUGAGACAAAUGGAGACAUCAAGACAGAAACCGAAGCAAGCAUUCCUGGGGAGAGUGGGGAGUACAAAAUGAUUCUUGUGGUUCGAACUGACCUAAAGAUGGGGAAAGGGAAGGUUGCUGCCCAGUGUUCUCACGCUGCUGUCUCUGCCUACAAGCAGAUUCAGAGGAAAAACCCUCAAGUGCUCAAAGAGUGGGAGUACUGUGGCCAGCCCAAAGUGGUGGUCAAAGCCCCAGAUGAAGAAACCCUCAUUGCAUUACUGACCCAUGCCAAAGUGUUGGGACUGACUGUAAGUUUAAUCCAAGAUGCUGGACGUACUCAGAUUGAACCAGGCUCUCGAACUGUCCUUGGAAUUGGGCCAGGACCAGUAGAGCUAAUUGAUGAAGUUACUGGCCACCUAAAACUUUACUAGAUGAGCUUUUAUGUAAUGGUGAUUCUGUCUAAAAAGUAUGAAGCCUGUCAGUAACAAUAAAAGCUUAAUUCUUGCUCCACUUUAAAA